AGUGGAGUCUACUAUUUAUGGAGAAAGUGGAGAAAGUGGUGUCUCCUAUUUUCUGUAAAAAGUCACACAGGACCCUUUUUGAACCUUUGGGCAUGUAUAAAUGGUCUGAUUAUUGAUGGUUGGUAAAUACGGGAAACAAAACCUGUAAAUGGGGUGGUUGCCUGUUCCUGGUUUAUCUCACUUGUCCACUCUAGAGUGUGAGUCAUGUCAGCUCGGUAAGCAUACUCACUCCCAUUUCCUUCGGCGUCCUGAUAAUCGAGCAUAGUCACCUUUCACUUUAGUUGAUUCAAAUGUUUGGGUUCCUAUCGGGCCAAUUCUACCUUGGGAUUUCGCUACUUUGUCAGUUUCAUUGAUGAUUAUUCGAGGUGCACUUGGAUAUUUUGGUGAAAAAUCGAUUCGAAUUAUUUUCUUUUCCAGCCCUUCCACAUUGAAAUUCAAAAUUAAUUUGGGGUUUCUAUCUGCAUAUUUCGUUGUGAUAAUGCCCUAGAGUAUUUGUCUUCCCUAUUUCAAUAGUUUAUGAACUUUCGUGGGAUUUUUCAUCAAACAUAUUAUCCAUACACAUCUCAACAAAAUGGGGUAGCUGUAAAAAAGAACAUAGAAACUGCUUGACCCUACUCAUACAAUCUCAUAUUCCAUUGCGUUUUUGUAGGCUGCAGUUCUUACAUCUUGUUAUCUUAUUAAUCGUAUGUCAUCCCCAGCUAUCCAGAAUCAAGUUUCAUUCUCUGUCUUGUUUCCCUAGUUCUCUCUUCAACCCUGUUUCUUUGGAAGAACGUGUUUUGUUCAUAACCUUACUAUAGAAAAAGAUAAGUUAGCUCCUCGUGCUUUUAAUUGUGUAUUUCUGGGUUACUCGAGGACGCAAAAGGAUAUCGAUGCUAUAAACCUGACCUCAGCGGUACCUAAUGUCUGCUGAUGUUACCUUCUUUGAAACCCAAUCAUAUUUCAUAGGUCCAGGUAAUCACUUAGAUAUUUCUGAGGUGCCACCAGUUCCAUCUUUGGGAGAUUCAGUCACUAUCUCCCAUUGAUCUUCGUCUACAACUCCCACUCACCACCUACAACUCCAAUUCCAGCUCCUCCACCUAUAGCGCCAGUUCGAUCACCUAGUCCAGUUCAACCUUCUACGACUCCACCGCUCCUGACUUAUCAUUGUCGUCCGCGCCCUGCAUCAGGCCCAGCUAGUUCACGUCCUGCACCUGACCUUGCUCCUACUGUGUACUUGUCUCCUUCUAGUCAACCGAUUGCACUUCAGAAAGGUAUACGGUUCACACUUAAUCUUAAUCCCCAUUAUGUCGGUUUACGUUGCCAUCGUCUGUCAUCACCUCGUUAUGCGUUUGUGUCAUCUUUGUUCCCUGUUUCCAUCCUUAAAGUUACAGGUGAAACACUGUUUCAUCGAGGAUGGCGACAAACUAUGAUUGGCGAGAUGUCUGCUUUAUAUACGAGUAGUACUUGGGAGCUUGUUCCUCCUCCGUCACGUAAAUCUACCAUUAGUUGUUGGGUGUGUGCAGUCAAAGUUGGUCCAGAUGGACAGGUUGAUCGACUUAAAGCUCGUCUUGUUGCCAAAAGGUAUACCUAGAUCAGUGUUUUAAGUAGCGAGCGCGACGUCGCUAAUAGCGUGUAGUAAAGCGACGCGAGGCAUUAGCGCUUUUUUGCUGUGUCGUGUUGCGAUUCAGAAAUGGUGCGCGCCUUUGCCUGUGUAGCGAGAGAAGGUGUGAAGCGACACUAUUUGGAAAAAAAAGGAAGAAAAGGCAGCGAUUUAGAUUAAAAUACAAAAUUAGGGCUUGGAUUUCACUUCUUCUCCUUCAGAGACCGAGCAACGACCAUUUCUCAGCAGCAGAGAAAUUAGGGCUUCAUUUCUUCUUCUUCUUCUAUCGUCAGCCAUCAGCACAGUAACCCAGGCAUGUUACUUUCUUUUCUUUUCUUCUUCUUCUCCUUUCUUCUUCUUCUUCUUCUAUUUCAGCUGUCUUUUUUUUCGACAGUUCGACUUCACCACUGCUGUCUAUUUCAGUUGUCUUUUUUUUCUUCGACAGUUCGACUUCACCACUGCUGUCUAUUUCAGUUGUCUUUUUUUUCUUCGACAGUUCGACUUCACCACUGCUGUCUAUUUCAGUUGUCUUUUUUUUCUUCGACAGUUCGACUUCACCACUGCUGUCUAUUUCAGUUGUCUUUUUUUUCUUCGACAGUUCGACUUCACCACUGUUAUCUUCUUCUUUUUUCUUUUUCUUCUUCAGUGAUCGGCUCUUUCUUCAUUUUUCUUCUUGUCUUUUUUUUUGCUCUGUUUUCGACUAGCAGCAGAGGCAGUAGCUCUUUCUUUCUUCCCUUCCUCUUUCUUCUUCUCUUAUUCUUUUUGGCUCUGUUUUUCGACCAGCAGCAGAAGCAGUAGCUCUUUCUUUUUAGGCUUUGUUUUGUUCGCUCUGUUUUUUCAAUUAUAUUCUUAUAGUCUUAUAGAGUAAAAUUAAUUGCAUAUUGACUUGAUAAUUUUUUUCUAUAAAACAACAUUGAAAUGGCGUCAUUCGAUAGUAAUAAACGAAAUGAUAGCUUGGAAUUAUGCUAUACAAGGCUCGUCAAGAUCCGCAAUUAAAUGUGUGUUUUGUGAAAAAACAUAUCAUGGUAGAAUAACUUGUCACAAGCAACAUUUGAUAGGUGGAUUUAAAAAUGUAGUACAAUGUCCUCUUUGUCCGUCCGAGGUCAGGGAGGAAGUAAAAGCAUUCGUUGAGAAGAAAAAUGUGACAAGAACACAAAUGAAUUAUGAAACAUCGGUGCCCCAAAACUCAAAAGAUAUCUUCAAAUAGUUCUAGUGGGUCAUCCACGGCACGUACGGUGACAAAAGGUCCUCUCAAUCUUUAUUUCUCGGCAAAACAACAAGAAAAAGGAAAAGGUGAUUAUGGUUCAGGUUUAGAAGCCAAGAAGAUUUUGAGGGAUCGCGCCGUAAGUGCCUUUGCAAGAUGGAUGUACGAUGCAGGGCUUCCUUUCAACUGUGUUAACUACAAAACUUUUGAUAAAUUCAUUGAGGUCGUAGGACAAUAUGACCCAGGAAUGAUGCCUCCUAGCUAUCAUGAAGUUAGAGUAACUCAUCUUAGAAAAGAGGUGAAGAUGAUAGACCAAAUUAUUGAGGAGCAUAAAGUGGAAUGGAACAAGUUUGGAUGUUCCAUUAUGAUGGAUAAAUGGACAACACGAAAUGGAAAAAUGGUCAUAAAUGUGUUUGUGAACCCUCCAAGAGGGAGUGUUUUUCUUGAAUCUUACGAUGCUAGCAACUCUUCUAUGGUGAAAGCAAAAUGUAUAGCUUGUUUAGAAAGACUAUUGAUAAAAUUGGAAAGGAAAAUAUUGUACAAGUUACCGAUAAUGCUAGUGAGAAUGCUAGUGCGGGUAAGAUGAUGGAAGCUAUGUAUCCACACAUUUAUUGGACUCCAUGUGCUGCUAUUGUAUCAACUUGAUGUUUGGUGACAUAUUCAAGGAAAACCCAUAUGCUUCAGGUAACUUAAUAUAGUUAUCUUUGAAGCUUUAACUUUAUUUAUACUUAUGUCCUAUUAAGUAUCAACUAUAAAAUUAUUAUUGUUACUUUUACAGAUUUCACUAAGGCCGUCAAGAUAUAUUCUUACAUCAGUCAGAGGCCGUUGCUGUUGAAUUUGAUGAGGAAAUUCACAAAUGAAAGAAAUUUGGUGAGACCGGCCAAGACUAGAUUUGCAACGACUUUCUUAACUUUGCAUAGUUUUUACUUGCAAAAGAAAAACUUGAGAAAGCUAGUUCUUUCAAAUGAACGGAAAGAUAAUAGAUAUGCAAAGGAAGCUGCGGGGAAAGAAACUGCCAAAGUUCUUAUUUCUCCAUCAUUCUGGAAUGACGACGUUCAGGCUCUUAAAGUUGGUGGUCUUUUGAUUAGGGUGCUUCAUAUGGUGGAUGGGGAGAGAAAAGCACCAAUGGGCUAUCUUUAUGAAGCUGUGAAUAGAGCCAAAGAGACUAUUGAAGCGUCAUUUGAGAGAGAUGUUAGGAAAUACGAGAAAGUUUUUAAGAUUAUUGAUAGCAGGUGGUCGAAUCAACUCCAUCUACCUUUGCAUGCAGCAGGCCAUCCUCUGAACCCGCAUUAUUUUACAAGAACACUAGAUAUGACACUUUGGAUUCAGAGGUGUGGGUUGGAUACCAUCAAUGUCUUGAGAAGUUGGUCCUCGAUUCAGCGAUGGUAGAUCAAAUAGGGGAGGAGUUUGGUAGGUACUCACAAGCAGAUGGCCUAUUUGGUUUACAGGCGGCCAUUAGAGCCAGAGACAAGAGGUCACCAGUUGAAUGGUGGAUGCAAUUUGGACAUCAAACUCCAAACUUGAAAAAGUUUGCCAUCAAAGUACUAAGCGUAACUUGUAAUGCAUCUGGAUGCAAGAGAAAUUGGAGCAUAUUUGAGCAUAUUCACUCUAAGAAAAGGAAUAGGCUUGAGCUAUCGCAUCUCAAUGAUCUAGUGUAUAUUAAAUACAAUAGAACAUUGAGGCGACGUUAUGAAGCUCGCGAUACCAUUGAUCCAAGUUUGUUGGAUAACAUUGACAAGGCAAAUGAAUGGUUAACUGGAGCCCCCCAAAAUCAUGAAGAUGAACAAGUGUAUGUAGGAGAUGAUCUUGAUUGGGGUACUGUUUCAAUGGCGGCUGGAGUUGAGGAGAAUAUCUAUGGUCUUCGAGGGAGUUCUUCAAGCUUAAAUUACAAGGGAAAGGGAGUAGCAAGUUCAAGCCGGUCCCUAAUUGAUGAAGACUCCGGGGAUGAAGAAGAUAAUAGCCAAUAUAAUGCUAACAUUCUUGAAGUUCUAGAAUUUGAAAAUCUUGAAGAAGAAUUGAUGUUGCUUGUUUUAGACUUUUAAACUUAAGUUUAUGAAUCUACUAUAACUAUCCGUUGAGUUUUUAAUUUUUGAAUUGAUAUAUUUAUUAAUAUAUUAUUGUUAUUGAGUUUUUAGUUAUAUAUAUAUUGUCGCUUCACAUCAAAAAGGCAAGCGCGCCUCUCGCCUCAGUGAAGCGGGCCCUCGUCACUAUUUGUUGCCGCACGCUAUCCAAAACACUGACUCAAAAAUUUGGGUUUGAUUGCAGUGAUACUUUCUUCACGUGGCUAAAAUAACAUCAGUCUGCCUUUUUUAAUCCAUGGUUGUUGUUCGCCAUUGGCUUCUCUAUCAGUUGGACAUUAAGAAUGCUUUUCUUCAUGGUGACCUUGAGAAUGAGGUUUAUAUGGAACAACCACUUGGUUUUGUUGCUCAGCGGGAGUCUAGUGAUCUUGUAUGUCGGUUGCGUCGGUCCCUCUAUGGUCUAAAGUAGUCUCCUCGAGUCUGAUUUGGUGGUUUAGCCAGUUAUUCAGGAGUUUGGCAUGACUCGUAGUGAAGUUGAUCGCUCUGUGUUUAAUCGGCAUUAUGCUUUAAAUCUAUGUAUUUAUCUGGUGGUUUAUGUUGAUGAUAUUGUUAUUACCGGCAAUGAUCAAGAUGAUAUUACUAAGUUGAAGCAACAUCUCUUUCAGCACUUUCUGACUAAGGAUCUGGACAGAUUAAAGUAUUUUCUAGGUAUUGAGGUCGCUCAAUCUAGCUCAGGUAUUGUGAUCUCACACGAAAAUAUGCAUUAGAAAUCCUGCAAGAUAUAGGCGGCUGGGUAAAUUCAAUUACCUCACAAUAACUAGACUUGACAAUUCCUUUCCUGUGAGUGUGGAGAAUCAAUUUAUGAAUUCUCUCUGUGAUAGUUAUUGGGAUGCAGUUGUUCGCAUUCUUCGAUAUAUAAAAUCAGCUCCAGGCAAAAGAUUAUUGUUUGAACAUAGAGGCCAUGGGCAAAUUGUUGUGUACUCAAAUGCUGACGGCGCAGGAUCACCUUCUGAUAGACGUUCUACUUUUGGAUGUUGUGUUUUAGUAGGAGGUAGUUUGGUGUCUUGGAAGAGCAAGAAACACAAUGUGGUUGCUAGGUCUAGUGCAGAAGCAGAAUAUCGAGCAACGACUGUGGGAACAUGUGAGCUGGUUUGGAUCAAACAUUUGCUCAAGGAGUUGAAAUUUGGUGAGAUCAACAAGAUGGAAUUUGUGUGUGAUAAUCAAGUUUCCCUCAUAUUGGAUCAAAUAUGGUGUUUCACGAGAGAACUAAACACAUUGAGAUUGAUUGUCACUUCGUUAGAGAAAAGAUACUCUCAGGAUAUAUUGCUACAAAGUUUGUGAAGUCGAAUGAUCAGCUUGCAGAUAUUUUCACCAAGUCUCUCACUAGUCCUCGUAUUGGUUAUAGAAAGAAUUACAAGAAAAUACACAUGACUUCACACCAUAACAAAAAAUGACCCAUGUUUUUAAGUUUUACCCGACCUAGCCCAUAUUGUACAUAUUUUGAAAGCACUAGCAAAUUCAAAAUUUGUGUUCUUACAACCAUUGCUUCUAAAAGCUAUGGAGUUACAUAUGUGUUCUCACAAUCAUUGCUUUCACUCCCUCUUCUUCUAAUAUCUUCUACAUAUGCUUCAAGGGCCCGUAUAUUUUCUGCUUCUCCUCUUAUGUCACUUGGUUGCAAUGUAAGA